UUGAUCAUUAUUCAGAUAAUUCGUAAUAUUGUAAAUCUAAGGUUUGUUUAAGGGAAAACUAAGAAUAUUUGGGGGAGAAGGAAUUAGGCUCAAUUUUGAAGAUGUCGAAAUACAAAUCGAUAUAUGUUUGAUCCUUGAAUUUCAAUACGAUUCAACAUUUUUGGCAGAACAUUCGAUCUUUUUCGAAUAUCUGAAAAUUAGGCUCCAACUUUUCUUAUGAGCUUCUUGAAAUAUUAAGGUACCAAGUCUAAAUUACUGUAGUUUUCGAAUUAAUAUUUUACAGGCAGAUAAAUUGGAAGACAAUGUUGAUAUUAUACUCGAUUUUCAUAUCAUUCUUUAUUAUUCCAAUAAUAAACUGUGGCGGAAAAAAAGGUAAAAAAGAUGGUAAAAAGAAAGGAGGUCCAAAUAAAGCAGGAAGUAAACAAUCAGCUUCUGCUUCGCCAGCAAUUACACCAAAAGCAGCUGAUAAAAAAGAGGAAGAAGUCAAGCCAGAAGCAGCUGAGCCAGUCGCGGCGCCACCAGCUCCACCAAAACCAGAUGCGACUAAAUUGGCUGGAAUUUGUCCGGAAUCUGAAAAAGAUGAAGGUUUGAAAGGUGGAAUAUUGUGUCCAGAACCACCAGCGACAAAAAAUGAGGCAGAAGUUCAAGAGGAAAAAAAGAAAAAAGAAGAGGAAAGGAAAAAGAAAGAGGAGGAAAAGAAAAAACAAGAGGAGGAAAAAGAAGCUGAAAAAAAUGAAGAAAAAACUGGAGGAGAUGAAGUUAAGGAUAAAAAGGAAAUCGUGUGA